AUGUCGAUUAGUUUUAACCAAAAAGAUAAGCUAGUGCUUGCAAAACCAGCCAAGAAGGCCGGCCUUACCAGAUUGGACCUUACAAGAAUACUUGGAGAAUCUCAAAUUAGAAGACUAGGUUCUCCAAGUAUAAAAGCUUUAAGGAUUAAAUCAGGCAAGUUCCUCAAGCCAAUUAAACUUAAGAAGGGCUCAUGCAAGAAUGUGGUGAAUAAGGCUAAAUUUCAUAAAAGCCAAUUCAGAGUCAAGUCUAGAGCUAUUAAGAAUAUUCAUAAAGUGGAUCUGAACAAUUAUAAAAGCAAGAAGGCUGCUCCAAAGAAAUAGAACUAAUUCCAGAAUUCUCUGCAGAGACGAACGAAUUUUAGACAAAUGUGAACUGAUCCAUAGAAAACUACUUGAAAAAUUAAGCACAAAGAUGGAGCUAUCGAAGUACUGAAAUGGAAGAUUUUUCUCUCCCCAAUGCUUACAAAGGAAAAUAAUGAGUCCUAUGAAUAUGAAUAGAGCAUUACGGAGUCCAAAAGCCCAUAAGUUUCAAGCAACGAAGUAUCUCCCUGAGCUGAGCAUUCAAAGCAUUUAA